CAGGAGCUCCCACGCUGCUGUUCCUCUUCCAUUUUCAGCUUUUAAAGAACACCCGCCCCUUCGAACCACCGAGGUCACGGGCGAAUACACCGGAGCGCAGCACCGCGCCCCCCCUGCCCGCCUCCGCGCCCUUGCCCAGACCGAGGCGGCCGACGCGCCUGCGUGCGCGCUAGGUAUAAAUAGGUCCCAGGAGGCAGCCACUGGGCAGAACCGGGCUGCGGGAGCCGCGGGCCAUGGCGGGCGAGAACCACCAGUGGCAGGGCAGCAUCCUCUACAACAUGCUUAUGAGCGCGAAGCAAACGCGCGCGGCUCCUGAGGCUCCAGAGACGCGGCUGGUGGAUCAGUGCUGGGGCUGUUCGUGCGGCGAUGAGCCCGGGGUGGGCAGAGAGGGGCUGCUGGGCGGGCGGAACGUGUCGCUCCUGUACCGCUGCUGCUUUUGCGGUAAAGACCACCCACGGCAGGGCAGCAUCCUCUACAGCAUGCUCACGAGCGCAAAGCAAACGUACGCGGCACCGAAGGCGCCCGAGGCGACGCUGGGUCCGUGCUGGGGCUGUUCGUGCGGCUCUGAUCCCGGGGUGGGCAGAGCGGGGCUUCCGGGUGGGCGGCCCGUGGCACUCCUGUACCGCUGCUGCUUUUGUGGUGAAGACCACCCGCGGCAGGGCAGCAUCCUCUACAGCUUGCUCACUAGCGCAAAGCAAACGCACGUGGCUCCGGCAGCGCCCGAGGCACGGCCAGUGGGCGCGUGGUGGGACCGCUCCUACUUCGCGCAGAGGCCAGGGGGUAGAGAGGCGCUAGCAGGCGGGCGGGCCAUGGGGCUUCUGUACCGCUGCUGCUUUUGCGGUGAAGACCACCCGCAGCAGGGCAGCACCCUCUACUGCAUGCCCACGAGCACAAAUCAAGUGCAGGCGGUUCCGGAGGAGCGGCCGAGGGCCCCCUGGUGGGACACCUCCUCUGGUGCGCUGCGGCCAGUGGCGCUCAAGAGUCCACAGGUGGUCUGCGAGGCAGCCUCAGCUGGCCUGUUGAAGACGCUGCGCUUCGUCAAGUACUUGCCCUGCUUCCAGGUGCUGCCCCUGGACCAGCAGCUGGUGCUGGUGCGCAACUGCUGGGCGUCCCUGCUCAUGCUUGAGCUGGCCCAGGACCGCUUGCAGUUCGAGACUGUAGAAGUCUCGGAGCCCAGCAUGCUGCAGAAGAUCCUCACCACCAGGCGGCGGGAGACCGGGGGCGACGAGCCACUGCCCGUGUCCAUGCUGCAGCCCCAUUUGGCACCGCCGGCGGAGGCCAGGAAGGUGCCCUCCGCCUCCCAGGUCCAAGCCAUCAAGUGCUUUCUUUCCAAGUGCUGGAGUCUGAACAUCAGUACCAAGGAGUACGCCUACCUCAAGGGGACCGUGCUCUUUAACCCGGACGUGCCGGGCCUGCAGUGCGUGAAGUACAUUCAGGGACUCCAGUGGGGAACUCAGCAGAUACUCAGUGAACACGCCAGGAUGACGCACCAAGGGCCCCAUGACAGAUUCAUCGAACUGAAUAGUACCCUUUUCCUGCUGAGAUUCAUCAAUGCCAAUGUCAUUGCUGAACUGUUCUUCAGGCCCAUCAUUGGCACAGUCAGCAUGGAUGAUAUGAUGCUGGAAAUGCUUUGUACAAAGUUGUAAAGGCCUGUGGGCCACACAAAUGCAGUACUGCAGUUCACCAUGAGGGAAGAAUAAAGAGCUGUGGGCAAAAGAGUGUAAAAUAUUUUAAAAUAAACUUUCUUAUUAUUUUUA